CUAGGUUUCCGCUUCCGCCUCGGCGGCCAGCGUGUUUCCCGAGCCGUGGCGUUCUUCUCCGCCUCUCGGCGCUAUGUCUGGCGGCCUCCUGAAGGCGCUGAGCAGUGACUCCUACGUGGAGCUCAGCCAGUACCGCGACCAGCACUUCCGGGGGGACAAUGAAGAACAAGAAAAACUACUGAAGAAAAGCUGUACUUUGUACGUUGGAAAUCUUUCCUUUUAUACAACUGAAGAACAAAUUUAUGAGCUCUUCAGCAAAAGUGGUGACAUAAAGAAGAUCAUUAUGGGCCUGGAUAAAGUGAAAAAAACAGCAUGUGGAUUUUGUUUUGUAGAAUACUACUCAAGAGCAGAUGCAGAAAAUGCUAUGCGGUACAUCAAUGGAACUCGUCUGGAUGACCGGAUAAUUCGCACAGAUUGGGAUGCAGGCUUUAAGGAGGGCAGGCAGUAUGGACGUGGGCGAUCUGGAGGCCAGGUUCGAGAUGAGUAUCGGAAGGACUAUGAUGCUGGAAGAGGUGGCUAUGGAAAACUGGCACAAAACCAGUGAGUGGUGAGAGUCUCAUCAUGUACAACUCGAUCCUUUGGCCUGUUGAAUUUGCUGAAGAAUAUUAGCCAAGGUCUGAUCAUUGUUUACUAAGCUAGAAGCCCCUUCAUGGUUUUUCUCUGAAACCGUAAAAAGGACAGAAUUCCUGACUAGUGCUUUUAAUUCUGGUCUUAGAAUUCUGGCCAUGAGUCAGGUCAUCAAAAUGGUUUUAUUACCAGCUCAGAAAUUAUAUUCCUUAGCAAUAGAUUUGAUCUGUAACACUGAUUAACCUAUUAACCAAAAUUACAUGUCUUUUUCUAAUAGACUAGAUAAGGGCAAAAACUUGUUUUACCAUGCUCGAGUCUAAGAAGGUUCAUCAUUUUCAUGGGGCCUGUAAUGAUAUUUUUAAAUUCGAAAAAUUUUAAAGUAGAU